AUGGAUAAAUCAACGACACUUCACACUGUUGUUGUUGUUGAAAAAUACGCUGUCCAAAACAAAGAAGGUAAUGUGGAUGCUGAUGAUUCGGAACGUUUGCAACCAGCUUACUUCAUCUCCACCGUGGUCACAAACAUCAUCGUUAUCACCAUCUUUACCGGUCUUCAUCCCAAUAAUGCAAUAUUCAAACAUUUCCAUACCAUCUACAUCCCAAUCAUUGCCUCUAACAUCAGCAACAACAUCAUCAUCCUCUACCUCCUGCAUUUCCUCUUAAAAUAUCCGACACUGUUUCGACGCAUGCUCCAAACACACCAACAACAAGACCUGCCUGCGAAUUCUCACACAACCUACUCCACUUCAAAAAUCAGCGCUGGCCCCGACCAAGCCAGCAAUCUGCAACCAUCGAAACUUUGUGCAAAUGAUGAAAACGUCUACCCCUGUAGCAAUUUAAAGAAGCAAUACGAAAAUGACUUAAUUAUGAAUAAUAUCCUUGGGUUUUCUAAACACCAAAAAUUACCGCAACAACAACAGCUGCAGCAGCAACAAUCAGAAAAUAACGAUGAGCAUUGUUACAUAAAGAACGAUUAUUUACGUGCAAAAUCGUUAAACUGUUGCUCUGAUGAGCAGAGUUGUGAGGACGUUAAAAAUUACGGAGUUGAUGAAACUUUAUACCAACCGACCAACGACAUCGACGUCUGCAAGGAAAAAGAGCUGUCCAUGUCUUCUGCGUUGCAGCCUGAUCGUGAUCAGCGAUGUGGUCACCAUUCAAGCAAAUGUUCUUUUUUAAUUAAUCAUAAUUAUUGCAAAAUCGAAUCUAGCAUGAAUGAAUUAAUAGGCAGUUGUACAACAAACGUGAACAAUAACGAAAUUUGUUUGAUGUGUAAGAGAAAACUAGAAGCUCUUUCAAAAAAUGAGAACUCGAUCGACAAUUUAUUUCUUCAGAAGCGUCUCGAUGACCAGCUGCUCAGUAAUCUCACCAGCAGAACCUCUUACUUGCUACAAAAGUGUGACAGUCCCGUUGAUGACUAUCUCUGUCUCUCGGCCUACCAAAUGACUUAUUUUUCAUCUUCUGGAUCAAAAAAUAAUCUUGGCUCACUAAACAAAAACGACAACAUCAGAAACCCUGCAAGCCCUAGGAUGCCCAGCAGCCACAACAACUUCAAAACAUCAAGUCUUAAAGAAACAAACAAAACCAUUUCUUCGCUGCUUAAUUUUGGAACUGGAGGUCUUAAAAAGAAGUUGUUGAAAGAUCAGCAACGACGUGCUUCGAGCAGAAUAAGCAGCAGUGGGAAGAUAAGAUACAGGACUGUUAACAUGGAGGAAGCUGACAAUAAAGUAAACAGUGAUUCAGAACUCAGUGGCAUCGAGGUCAUUAUUGAUAAAGAAGAUUCAAACAGAAACAUUUCAUCGUGCAACAGACUCUGCAAUAUUGAUGCUACUAAUUAUACAACCACGCAACAACAGCAGCAACGAUUGCAAAACGACAUCAUAACAAGCUCGCUCGACCACGUUCAUAGCAACGACAUUUUGUCUAAUCAUUCAAAAUUCGGCUCACAGAGUAAAGAUUUCGAUAUGCUUCACAAACCAUUCAAUGAAAAGAGAUUUGAAUCUAGUGAAAAAGCCAAGAUCUUUAAAGAGGACUUCAACUUUUUGAACAUGAGUCCAUCGAUGAAGAGCCAAUGUGAGCCAAAAGCUGGCCCGAAUAGUCCAUUGAAACAUCCUAACAGCAACUUCCUACGGGAACAUUUAGUUUCCUUCUUCCAGCCAUCAGAUAACAACAAGUUGGCCAUGAAAUUGUUUGGCAAUCAAAAUGCAUUGAAUCGAGAGAAACUUCGUCAAAAAGCAGCUGGUUCUUUGGUCAUCCAUCCCUGCAGCAACUUCAGCACACCCACUCAUAAUUCUCGCUUGAACUGGUGCCGAGGCACUGAGGAGCACAUAAACAUGAAUAUGAACACAUGCCUACUAUUUUUAAGAGGAGUGCAUGAACAGGAACACAUUUCCACCAUGUUUACGAGGAGUGCGUGA